AUGGCCACCAAGAUGCGCAAGCUGCCGAGCGCCGUUUUGCUGUUCCUCUUGGUCGCGGACCUGGGAUGGGCAUGGGCGCUGAUCCCUUCUUCCUCCCCCGCAGGCCUCUCCGCCAGGCGCUACGACUCCAUCUUCAGCUUCGGCGACUCCUACGCCGACACCGGCAACAACCCCGUCGUCUUCGCCGCCAACUCCGUCUUCAACGUUGUGACGCGCCCACCCUACGGCUCCACCUUCUUCGGCCGCCCCACCGGCCGCAACUCCGACGGCCGCCUCAUCAUCGACUUCUUCGCUCAACGCCUGGGCCUGCCGCUCGUCCCGCCGUCCCUGGCGCACAACGGGAGCUUCCGCAGAGGCGCCAACUUCGCCGUCGGGGGCGCCACCGCUAUCGACGCCGCUUUCUUCCACGACGGGUCCGAUCCCGGCAACAAGUUCCCUCUCAACACCAGCCUGGGCGUCCAGCUGCAGUGGUUCCAGGCUCUCAAGCCUUCCCUCUGCCGCACCACCCAAGAGUGCAAAGCAUUCUUCGGCAGAUCCCUCUUCUUCGUGGGCGAAUUCGGGGUCAACGACUACCACUUCUCCUUCCCCACCAAGAGCCUGCAAGAGAUCACGGCGUUCGUUCCAGAUGUGGUCAGGGCCAUCUCAAUGGCAAUCGAGAGGCUGAUCAAGCACGGGGCGACGAGUUUCGUCGUCCCCGGGACAAUCCCCUCAGGGUGCACGCCGCAGUUCAGCAGCUACCUCGCCAAAGACAACCCGGCAGAAUACAACUCCACCACCGGCUGCCGGGAAGAUUAUAACAAGCUAGGGAUGCACCACAACCUGCUGCUGCAGGAGGCCCUGGAGAAGCUCCGGGGCAGGCACCCGGACGCCAUGAUCGUCUACGCCGACCUCUUCGGCCCCAUCAUGGACAUGCAGGUCAAGGCUGAUGGUUGUCAUUCUGCAGGGUUUGAAGAAGAUGUUCUUACCAGCUGCUGCGGAGGGCCGGGGACACUUGUCUGCGGCGACGAAGGUGCAAACCUAUGUGAGAAACCGGCUGCUCGUCUGUUCUGGGAUGUCGUCCACUUGACGGAGGCGGCUUACCGCUACAUCGCCGAUGGCUGGCUGGGCAGCAUAGACUCCCCUGCAGCUGCAAGAGAGAGCAGCCUUUCAUGCCAUUACUUAGAUAUUCAGGAGAAUCUACAAUCAUACAUCAUCUCAAAAGAAACCCUACUUAAACGCAGGGCAAAUGGCAUAACUGUGAUCCUUGUAUUCUGCAAACGUUUGUAUUGCUGCGGUAACCAUGGAAGACACUUCUUCAAACAUGAGGAUUUAUUCGGUCUAUGCAAAUACCGCAAUCUGCGGUGCAAUGCAUAG